CGCCUCUUGAAUGUUGGCUUGGGAAAAUAACUGAAAGUCAGGACACAUUGCGAGUGCAACCGCCGGCCUCUUUCUUCUAGACUCCAGCAAUCUUCUGCUUGCUCCUCUCUCUACUCAUCAACUGCAAAAUAUAGGCUCCAGAGACUGGAAAGCUAUAACGAGCGAUGAUUAUUGGUUCCUACACAAUUGCCUGCGUCAAGAAAUAUUUCGAGCGUGGAAGCUACGAAUGUGAUGUCGAUCACUGACUACCAAAACCGAGGCAGAUUCAGCAUUUGGGCCCCACUCUCGCUCUACAAUGUGUUUAUCAUUCGGAGCCCCAGCUACCAGAAACUGCCUACAGAGCCGCUCAAGCUCUCUGUUCUCAAACUAGACGGCUCUUCAUUUGCGGUUAAUGUCCCAAGGAAUGCUACUGUGGCGGACCUGAAGUUAGCUAUUGAGCAAGUUUUCCAUUUUUCAUGCGAGGGUGAAGAGAUAAUUCUAUGGUCACUCGUAUGGAGCCAAUUCUGUUUGUGUUAUGCAGCUCAGAAGCUCACAAAUGACAAGGCAUGCGUUCGGAGCUUAGGGAUCAAAGAUGGUGAUCAGCUUCAAUUUAAGCGGCAUAUGAUGAUUGAAGAAAUUGAAUGCAAAACGGAAAAUCAACCAUCCAAAAGUGAGGAAGAUCACCCCGAUCAAUACUCAGUGAUAAAUAUUUGUGAAGCAAAUCAGAGUAACAACAUGUGCCUUAACAAUAAACAAAGCACUUGUUUUGAGAUUGUUGAAGAGAAGCGGGACACAAUGCAUGUACCAGAAUUCAAGUUUGCUCAUUUUGUGAAAGGGUGGUUAAAACAACCAAAGUUUUGGCAUUCAAAAGGAAAAGGACUUCGAGAAUGCAACCGACCUUCAGUAUUUCGUUGUCAGUGGGUCAGAUCGUG